AUGGCCAUCAGGUCUCUCGCCUUUAACGAGCUGUAUGGGAGCAUUCCAACCACUCUCACGCAGGUCACAUUCCUAUACGACCCACACACUACCUCACUCCUUUUUGCACGCUCUGGUUCUCCAUCUUGUACGCACUCCACAAGUCAUGCCCUUGCGCUUUCAAAUAUUCUCCACCUCGACAUCUUUUGGGUUGCUUCCUCAUCGUCUCUCUUCGCCUCCUACUUCCUCCAUCUCGCCCCACUGUUUCCUGAUAUGCCUCUUGUUCCUUCAUCUUCUGCCGCCUCCUCGUCCACCUCCUAUUCCCUUGCUCCACUUCUUGUCUACUCCUUGUUUUCCUUUUCUGCCAUCCCGUAUCCAUUCUCUUCUCCUCCCUCAUACACACACCCAUGCCAACAACCCCUCACACAUUCGCCCCUUGAACUCCGCUUUUCCAAGUGUGGGCGCAUUGAGAUGAUCCCUUUGCGUCCUUCUCCUGGCACCUGCCACUCCUCCCUGCAGCGACCUCUCCCACAACUACCUCACAGGACCUGCCAGAACAAGAAUUACUCAAGCAGCCAGCCGAUUCUCCCGCCAGCAUCUAUCCUCACCAAGGGAACGAAGCGCGAGACGAGGGGAAACUUCACCGCAGCGCCGGUGACGUUGUUUGUGUACGAGGCAGAACAAACAGCGUUGUGGUGUGGGUUGCAGCUCGCCUUCCACGCCAACUUCACCUUCUCCCUCUCGCCUCGAUCUGGCCGCGUGGGCUUCAACGGCUUUGCAUUUGUCGUCUCGGCGACGGACCGGGUGGGGAGCGGCGCCGGUGUGGGGUAUGGUGGAAUGGACACGCGGAGUGUGGCGGUUGAGUUUGACACUCGGCAGGACAAGCAGCACGGGGACAUGAGCAGCCAGCAUGUGGGGCUGAACAUUCGAGGCGAGGACAAGUCGCUAGCCGCUGUGAGGUCGCCCUCCCCUCUGAGCAACAGGAAGGCGUACACGGCGUGGGUGGACUAUGAGCCGGGGGACCCCGGCACCAUCCAGGUCUUCCUGGCUGACUCGCAGGAGAAGCCGCAGGAGGCACUGCUGGAGAGGAGGCUGGCGCUGUGUGAGGUGCUGCAGGGUGCAGCCGAGCAGCCCGCCUUCUUCUUUGGCUUCGUGGCGUCCACCACUGUGAAGCCGUUUCAGCGGCACGUCAUUCUUGAAUCUGCAGUGGACACAGUUCUGGCGAAGGUGAGGGUAGUGCUGGUGAAGGUGAGGGUAGUGCUGGCGAAGGUGAGGGUAGUGCUGGCGAAGGUGAGGGUAGUGCUGGCGAAGGUGAGGGUAGUGCUGGUGAAGGUGAGGGUAGUGCUGAUGAAGUAG